GCAAAUCCACGCAAAUCCUCGCGCCCUGUCACGUGACGCUUUCAAACAUGGUAAUUUUGCAAAAUACGCCAUGAUGGUGGCGCCAACCGAAGACAUGUUGAUAUUUUACAUCAUUCAACAGAAGACAUUUUGUUGAUUGGUCAUUUAGGGAUCUUAGUUAUUUCUCAAAAUACUAAAGAUUCUGACGACGAACGUCGGUACGCUGUAGACGUAAAGACGAAGGGUUGACUAAACAACAUCAUGUCUGGAAGAAGUAAGCGUGGAAAAGGAAAGGGAGAGGAUGCAGAUGGCAUUGGAAAGAGACCAAAGAAGAGAAGGCUGAGUGACAGUGAUGAUGAAGAAUCCAAAAGAGGGUCCACAGCCUCUCCUGCUGUCAGUAAGUCCAAGCUGACUGGAGAUGUGCCCCCAAAUGGUCUCAAAAUGCUUGGUGCCAACAAACCUGCAGAGCUCUUCAGAAAGGAUUUAAUCAGUGCUAUGAAGGUGGCAGAUUCUGAAGCAAUGUAUGAGGAAUAUAUUUUCAUCAGUGACCCUUGGCGCCAGGAGUGGGAGAAAGGAGUUCAGGUUCCUGUGAACCCUGAUGUCCUGCCCAAGACCUCCAUGAGAAUAACUAUGUCACUGGGGAAGACGGGGGAUUUCAAGAUCCCCCGCAAGCAGCUCCAUGCUACAGUAGAUGAAAACUACAAACAGGGUAUCCAUGAGUUAACAGGCAUGCAGCAGCUUGCUGAGCAAGUCUGUCGCUACGAUUUGGACGACAUGGAUGUCAAGUGGUUACAGCUAUUUAACGGAAAAAGAGAGGAGAUGGGUGAACCACCUAUGCUGGAAUGGACCAUGGAGAAGAUUAUAGAAGAACUAGAACACCAGUGUCAUGAAAACAUAGAAGCCACAAUCAAAACAUCAGAAGGCCUUGGCAUUGAAUAUGAUGAGAAUGUAGUAUGUGAUGUGUGUCGCUCUCCUGACAGUGAGGACCACAACGAGAUGGUGUUUUGCGAUUCCUGUGAUAUCUGUGUGCACCAGGCUUGCUAUGGGGUGCAGAAGAUCCCAGAUGGUAGCUGGCUGUGUAGAACAUGUGCCCUGGGGAUUAAACCCCAGUGUAUUCUCUGCCCCAACAGGGGAGGGGCAAUGAAAAGCACAAAGAGUGGCACCAAGUGGGCCCAUGUAAGCUGUGCUCUCUGGAUUCCAGAAGUUAGUAUUGGAGACCCAGAUAAAAUGGAGCCAAUUACAAAAAUAUCACAUAUUCCUUCCAGCCGGUGGGCCCUAGUGUGCAGCCUCUGCAGGGAGAGGAACAUAGGAGCAUGUAUCCAGUGCUCUGUGAAAACUUGCAAAACUGCAUUUCAUGUGACCUGUGCAUUUCAAAAUGGACUGGAGAUGAAGACAAUAUUAGAUGAGAACGAUGAGGAUGAUGUGAAAUUAAAGGCUUAUUGUAGCAAGCACAGUGGUAGAAAACGCAGCAGCUCUGAUUCUAGUCCCCCAGGCAGCCCAUAUAAGGUGGGAAGCCCUGGAACUCCAGGAACACCCAGGAAAGAACUUACCAAGCAAGAGAAGGAAAAUCUCAGAGCUCACAAAAUUGAAGAACUUAAAAAUGAGUUCUACACAGUGGUAAAAGUAGAAAAGGUCGCCCAGGCAUUAGAACUUGACGAAGAGCUGGUCUCAUUUGUGUUCGAAUACUGGAAGUUAAAGAGAAGGGCUCGGUUUAACAAGGCCCUACUGAUGCCUAAGAUGGAGGAGGAAGACAUGUUAAACAAGCAGCAGGAGAGUAGUCUGAUAGCCAGGAUGAAAAUGUUUGUUCAUCUCAGGCAAGACUUGGAAAGGGUUCGUAAUCUGUGCUACAUGGUAAGCAGACGAGAGAAGAUCAGGCGUUCCUACUACAAAUCAAGAGAAGAAAUUUUCUUCAAGCAGGCAGAAGUGGUUGAAGGUGACCCCAGGAUGUCUAACAGGGAAAUCCAAAAAGUCAUCGACCAAGGAAAAGGAGAAACUGUUUAUGAUUUAUACUUUGCUGCUGCUGAGGAGCAAAGUAAGAGAGAACGUAUGACACGAGGCAGCCCAUCCUCACCCUCCAGUUUAAAGGAAAACAGGCUUAGUCCAGAGAAAAUUCUGAACAGGAGAGGAAUGGACUUGCACCUUGAUGAGAAGAAGGACUUGAAUGGUGUUUCCUUAAAACCUGCAUCAAAAUAUCUUGUCUCUGAACAGAUAAAGCAGAAAGUACAAAAUAAAGUAUUCCGAUCUCGAAAACUUCGGCCAGUAAACGGAGUCAAUGACCAUACACAACGUAGGCUUGAUUCUUAUUUCAAACCACUUCUUAAAAAGGAGGAUCCAGUUCAAAAUGUUACUACAUUACAGGAAAGUAGGACGCCUCAGUCCAAGAGAUUUAAUGGGCAUUCAGGUAACGGUCAAAAAUCGUUUUUGAGCACUCGUGGUUCACCCAAUCUACGGAAUUCUGGACUCUCAGACCCGUUGAACAGUCCUGAAACCAGGAGUACCAGGAGGAGGAUUGAAAUGGACAUUGACACAAACUCUCGUGACCGACUGUUUGAAAAUGUAGACAAUGAAAUCAGUAUUUGUCGGUCAAGUCGAGACACAACACCUGAUCGUGAAACGCGGUCCACCACACGGAGGCCCAAAAAAGCUAUCAAUUUCAGGAACUCUGAGGUGUUUAGAGAAAUUUGCAAGAAAACGAGGACUAGAAAAAGCAGUGAAAGUGACAGCUCGGAUUCGGAUUCCGUUGAUGUGGAAAGUGUCAGCGAUGUGUCGGAUGUUAGUGGGCCAACAAGGAGAGUGACACGUAGCAGGUUAGGAGACAGUGGAGAUGGAAGAUAGCACAUGUACUGUAUAGAAACAAAAUUGUAAAAUAUGUGUAUAUAAAGAUAUAUGAAGGUCUGUGCAUUUGAUAAAGGAUAAAGUUGGGAAUGUGACAGUUUAUUUUCUUGAGGUCAGUAUAAUUUAAGAAGGCAGGAAAGCCCUUUGGAAAUGAUGCAGUUUGACAAGAGCAGCCACAUAAAUAAAUAGGAGGUUUCAUAAUUUGUUUAACUAAUUAACUAAUUCGUUAUGGACAUGUCACUAUCUAAUUAGUUCCAACCUUAAAGCAAACAACAAAGGCAUGUCUAACAUAGGAGGAAGAAUGUUCUGGAAAGCAUUUAGUCUCAAAACAACUGAGUAUAAUAUCUGGAGCAAUGCUAAAUAGCAACUGUUCCAAUUUGUUUUAUAAAAUGAUGUUUACUUUUACAGUCAAUUGGAUGUGACAAAAGGAGAAGCAAAAGGAAAAAAUAGAACAAGAUCACUUGGACAACUAUUUUACUCAUUUUACAUGUUGACCAGUUGGUUUGUGGUGCUCAUCCCUAAAAACUCUUGAUUCAAAUAUAUGUGGGGCAACAGGGUUAGAAAGAAGUUGUUUUGAAACAUUUUUGGUUUAGUAAGAUCUUCUGCUUUGUUUUUGAUUGAGAUAUGCCAUGUUUACUUUGUUGUGUUUUCUAUAAAAAGUUGUGCUUUCACUUGAUCAACAAACAAUAGAAAAUGGGAUAGACAUUUUGGCAGAUAAGAAGUUCUCGUCUUUCCAUCAUAGAAAAUGACAAAAGAGACACGUCUUCUGAAUUUUUAUGAAAUAUCUACACCAACCUUUUUGUGUUCUUUUGUCUUAAAACGUAUUUUUGUUAAUUAUGAAAUAGAUGUUGGCUAGGAGCAAAUGUUACAUUUGAUAUUUUAAACUGACAAUGUUUACCUCUUUUGAACUCUAAAGAAUGUUCAACUUGUGGCUUUUGAGAAGCACGGGCUGUAAAUAACAAUCGCAAGUCCUUUUUACUGUUGUACAAUAAAAUGUAGAAAAAGGUUUAAA